CGGACUUUUACGGCAUGCUGUCCCUGCACCGCCUCUUCGAGGUGCUGGCGGCGCAGCUGUCGCACAGCGAGGUGGCCGUGCUGUCCUUCCUGCUGGAGGAGGCGCUGCGGGGCGGCGACGGCGACAGGGACGGGGACAGCGACAGGGACAGCGACAGGGCGGGGCCUCGGGGGCGGCGGGAGCCGCGCUCGGGGCUGGAGCUGCUGCUGGAGCUGGAGAGGAGGGGGCUGUGCCACGAGGGGGACCUGGCCCUGCUGCGGCAGCUGCUGCGCCUGCUGGCCCGGCACGACCUGCUCAGGUGUGUCACCCUCAAGAGGCCGCGCCCCGUGUCCCCUGAGCGUGUCACCUGUGUCCCUGCCCUGGGGGGCACCUGCCCGAGCCCCCCCCAGCCCCGCCCCGAGCACUGGGAGACAGGCUCCAGCUCAGGCCAGCGGAAGCGCAGCGCCCGAAGUUCCCAAAAUUCCCGAAAUUCCCAAAAUUCCCGAAAUUCCCAAAAUUCCAGAAAUUCCCGGAAUUCCCGAAAUUCCAGAAAUUCCCGAAAUUCCCGGAAUUCCCGAAGUUCCCGGCGGCCGCGCAGGCCCCUCCCCCCCCGAGAGCCCCCCCCGGACCCCCCCGAGCCCCCGGCCAAGGUCACCUGCGACAUCCGUCUGCGUGUCCGAGCCGAGUACUGCGAGCACGAUGUCGCUCUCCGCCGGGGCGUGGCCUCGAGCCGCCCGCGGGGCCCGGGCCGGGCCCUGGACGUGUUCGGCCAGGCCAGCGGGGUGCUGAAGUCGCGCGAUCUGGGCUCGAUCCUGUGCGAUAUCAAAUUCUCGGAGCUGUCGUACCUGGAGGCGUUCUGGGGCGAUUACCUGAGCGGGGCCCUGCUCGAGGCCCUCAAGGGCGUCUUCCUGACCGAGGGUCUGCGGCGCGCCGUGGGCAGGGAGGACGUGCGGCUGCUGGUCAGCGUGGACCAGGAUGACUACGAGGAGGGCAGGAGGCUGCUGAUGGGGGCGGGGCGGGGAGGGGGAGGGGCGGCCUGA